CUGACAAGAGGGGUGAGAUCGUUUCGUCGGCGAGUCAUUUAUAGGAAGAGGUGCAGUGGAUAGGUGCCCAUCGGCCAACCCGAUUUCAUUUUUAACGGCAGGUUUACUCGAUGGAAGUGCUGCAAUGAAAUCCAUUUUGCUUCGCUCUUAGUUGAACCAUCCGAACAUCUGAAAAUAAUGUGCAUUUCUUAGAUGUUUUUUAUUUUCAGAACUUAUAUUAAUUAUUUCAUUUCUGAUAAAAGAUUUCCGGUUCUUAUCAAUUAUAUGGUAAUCAUGAUAAUCAAAUUUAAAUUCGAUAAGGAAUGUUAAGAAAUGGAUGGUGAUGAAGGGAAUCUGUAUCUCAUUCACUCGUAUUUUCUUGCAUAUAUCUGUGAUAAAUAUAGUUUGUUCUGCAGUGAAAAGCGGAAAUAUAUAUACUUUCGGACGAAUCACAACGAAGUUUGCUUUUUGAUAAGAAUUGGUUCUUUAUGCUUAGGCCUUUUUAAAAAUUUUUUUGCCAGAAAUUUAUUAAUCAUUACCAUUUAUCAUUAAUUUUUUAUCUAUCAUUAGAACCCUUACCAUCAAUUAUUUAUAUUAUUUUAAAAUUUUAAAUUUAGUCAUUUCAGCAUCAUUUCUUAAUAACACCUUUUGUAGGGAGCAGGAUUUUAUCGAUCAUUUUCUUAUACUGUGAAAAAAAGGACAAUGAAAUUCUACAUAUAAUUGCCAGAUAAAGUGAUGAGGAGGCUUUAUCGCAAAAGAAUGCAUGCUAUUUGCUGGAAAUAAGCAAAUAGUCAUAUGGAAAUGGUCAUAAAAGAAAAGAAAUUUUUAAUGAAAAAAAUUUUGAUUAAUUUUAAUAAAAAAAUUUUAGUGCAAAGAUGCAAUAAAAAAAAGAUAUUCAGUUUUCUUCCCUCAUAGUAAAUUUUGACAAUAAUAAUAUUUUUAUAUUCUUUUAGUAAUACCGAAUUACAAAAUAAUUGAAGUGGUAAUAAAUAACAUAACGGAUAUGGAUAUGUUAUUAUUAAAUAAUUACUGCUUUUUCUAUAGCCUAAAUGAGUCAGAAGUGGUGAACGUUCUUAGAAAAAAUUGUAGAGUUUAAAAAAAAGAUUUAGCAAGAAUGCAGAAUUUUAUUUAUUGCCAAAAUAAUUACCUUAGAGAAAUAUGAAUAAUUUUAAAUAUUUUAAAAUUUUCUAUAAUAUUUCCCAUUUUAGAAAUUAUUUAUAUAAUUAGCUAUUUCAGCCAAAAA